AUCUCUCUCUCUCCUUUUACACAGGUCUCUCUCGGCAACCACCCUCAGCUUUGCUGCCGUCGACAGCAGUACCGAACCGCUCGACCUACUAUCGUCACCGGACUCUCCGUUGUUUAUAUUCACCCUUUCACGGCUACCACUGACCAGCAGCAGUCAUGUCACACCCCCAGCUGGCCUUGGAGGACGUGGAGGCCCUGUGCUUCGGGCCCUCGUUUCUGAUGGCUGACCCCAUGGGGCCCCUUCUGGACCAAGAUGAAGAAGAAGCUCUUUCUCCCUCCUCCUCUCUAGAGGGGAAGGCGCCAGCUUCGCCCCCCCUCUCUUUCUCCUCCUACGCAUCUUCCCUGUCUCCCUACCAGACCCUGUCGUUCUCCCCGCUCUCUUCUGCCUCCCCGCCUCCCUCUCCUCCUCCUCCCAUCUCCUCGUUCCUGGGAACCAAGGCCGGAACAGACUCGCUGUCCCUCCCCUGGCUGGGUGCCAGCGACCUGCUCACCGCCCAAGUUGGAGCAGACGAUGGCAAAGAUGAUGCUUUCGCAGGCAUGGACUGGAUGUCAGAGAAAAUCGACCUGAGUGAAUUUGACCUGGAUUCCCUCAUCGGUUCCUGCUCCUCAGAUGAGUCUCCCAGCUCCCCCGAGGAUCUCCUGGCCUCCCUCGACUCCCACAUGGACCUGGAUCUAGAUUCAUUCGACGCAACCAUCCCCGCCCCGCACGACAGCCUGGAGCUGGGUUUGUCGCUGCCCAGCAUCCCCCCCCUCCCUCUGGAGCUCGCCCUGCCUGGGGCAGCUGAGGCCAAGAAGACAGAGGUGGCUCCUGAUCAGGAGGUUGUUAUGAAGUCUGAGCCACCCUCCCCAGCUCCCUCUCCCAAGCCCCCCUCUCCAGCCUACACAUUGGAACUGGGGAGUGAAGUGGAUGUCCUGGAUGCAGAGAAAACGGCCACAUCCCUCAAAGCAAUCAUUCCAGAUUCCAGUGGAAGCAUUCAGGCCACCAGCCCCAUUGUGUUCACUCUUCCCACAGCUGCCCACAUAGUGGUGGUGCUCGCCAACAAAGACGAGCCCCCCGUCAUAUCUCUCCCUGAGCAGCCUAUUGAAAGCUCUCCUCCGAGCGACUGCGACAGCGACUCUGGCAUCGAAUCCGUCACAGGCUCACCGUCCCGCCUGCCCUCUCCCCCCACAGCUGGAUCCUCCAGGACCAAACCCUACUCCAAACCAGAGCUCAACGCCACUUCCUCCCCCUCUGCCAAAACCCCCAAGGUCAAAUCAGUGUCUGGUGCUCCCAAGGUGGAGAAGAAGCUGAAGAAGAUGGAGCAGAACAAGACAGCAGCCACCCGCUACAGACAGAAGAAGAGGGUCGAGCAGGAGCUGCUCGGCACAGAGCUCGAAGGGCUAGAGAAGAGGAACCAUGAGCUGACAGAGAAGGCGGAGUCCAUCAGCCGAGAGAUCCAGUACCUCAAGGACCUGAUGGAGGAAGUCCGCAAGCACCGCCGUGGAAAGACCAGCUCAGUCGCUUAGUAACCAGAUUGUGUGUGUGACGCGCAGUCUGCUGUUGCAGAGUAGUGACGGGUGUUGUUUCUGAUCCAAUACUCACAUGCCAUAGCAAAGUCCAUUUGAGCAUUAGAAAUAUAUGUUGCAAGAGAUUAAAUAAGAAUGGCGUGUGAGGGUGGAUGUAUGAAACUCACCACUGAACAGAAUAGAGGGAAUGGCUGGUUGCAAAGUGAAAAGCCUCUGGAAGUUGAUAAGAUUAUUAGUGUAGAGCAGGGGGCUGGGAGUUAGUCAGGUGAAGCAUUUGUACAUGCUUGUCUCUCAGUCCCCUGUUAGAUCCCCAUAAUGUACUCCCUGAUGUGCUCCUGUCUUACUAGCAGCCCUUGUACAAACAGGCAGGGUGUAUAUUUGUAUUUGUAGACUAGGCAUGUCAAACAUGAGUCACCGUGUACACUUUUUUUGAAAAGAUAUUCCCUCACACUCCCAGCAGUCAAUAUCCAGAUCCCAGCUUCUCCGCUUCAAUAAACCCCAGUGUCAGUAAAGUGAGACACCAUUUCUACCUUUUACCUGCUCCUCUUUAACCCAGUGUCACCCAUUUUGACCUUCCUCUUAACAGCUUCAAGUCCAGAAAGGGGCCUCAGCCUAUAUGAAUUCUUGAUGUUACACUGUCAACAUUUUUUAUUUUUUUUAUUUUUUUUGUGUGUAUAUAGUUUUCACCUCCUUCGCUUGCCGAUGGUGGCUUUUGUUAUUUAAUGCUGGAUAAAACCGGAUCAUUUCUUGAGUAGCUCUGUCUCUUAGCACAGAUGGUUGGCUUGUAAAAAAGCUUUUCUUUUCCUAAUAAAUAUCUAUCAGUGCUCAAGUGA